UGACCAUUGCAACAAAGUUGCCGACAGGGAUAGUUCUUCCUCCGCUGCUCAACCAAAAAACAGAGCGAUUCAAGAAUGUAGACGUUCCAUUGGGAUAACAACCACGCACAUCGAAACACAGCUAAAGAUGGAGAGGAGUCUCCCUGUGUAGGUCCAUGAUGGACAUCGUCUUGACCACAGCAGCUGAAGGCCCCCUCCAAGCUCAUGUAUGUACGUUGUUAUGGCAACAAUGGAUAGAAACACGGACGUUGAGACCCUGUUGGCUGCGAUCCACCUGGAGCGAUACCUGAAGACCUUCCGCCAGUCUGGCUUCCUCUUGGCCAGGGACCUCAGCCACCUAGACAAUGGAGCUCUCAUCCAGCUGGGUGUAACUGCCACCGGACACAGGAAGAGAAUACUGAGGCUGGUCCAGCACAUUCAGAGGGCUACCAAUCAGAAUCAGUCGAUUCCGGAGCCAUUAGAGCCCUUAUUGGACCGUUGUCAGUCUGAGUCUGACAUUAAUUCCACACCCAUCCAAUCAGGAGGGCCGAGGUCUGACCAAGGGGGCGAAACAGGGGAUAUUCCGUUUGAAGCUUUCUGGAAUAGUUCUGUUCCUAACAUUCCAUCCAUGUUGAUGAACUCCGGGUCAGAACAGCAGCAGUACAAUGGGAAUGUUGUCAUAAAACCGGUUCCAAAACCUAGAACGGUAUUCUACAUACACAAAACAGAACCCGCCCGGUUUCUCUCCUGUCCCGCAUCACUGACACCACCAGAUCCCCUGGUUCUAACCCUAACCAGGAAACCUUCUCAGGAAUCUCUCUGCUUCACCAUAUUGGAAGGUUUGGCUUCAGGAGAAUUUAACACUGACACAGUGGUGGUGGGGCCUGCCCCUAACCCUGCCCCUAACCCUACACCUACCCCUGCCCUGAGACACAGCCUAAGCCUGAGAGAGAGGAGGCUGAGUAACUCCUCAGACUCUGGAGGUCCCCUGCCCCCUGUUCCCCCUCGGCUGAACCGAGGUACCCCUCCAGCCAUGUUUAGUGGACCUACAUCCACACCACCAUCAUCUGGUGGAAGGACUGAACAAAACCAGGACCAGUGCAUGACAACUACACCUCCCUCAUCCCCUUGUAACUAUGACGACACUGGAUUCCCCUCUUUGACCACUUCCCCUCCCGGCUCCCCGAUGGAGAUGGUCUCCAAUGAGAUCUACUGUGGCACUUCACCUGGCACGGCAGCUAGUAGUGGACGGAUUCCCUGCAACGCUCCUCAAACACCCCCACGGCCAGAGAUCCACACCUCUCCUGAAAGAAAUAGCACUUUAAGGAACAACUCUCGUGAAUCGUCCCACGGAGUCCCCAUGGAGGACCCAGAGGAGGAGAUCAGUCCCUACUGUGAAACAGUCUUCCAGACCAGACGACCACUGCAGCACUCUGAGGCGGAAAGGACCAACAGUGAAGGAAAGACCAGAAUGACAAGAAAGGAGGAAGAGAAGCACAGAGAGGAUCAUGGGACACCCAAACUCUCCUGGGCCCAACGUCUGUCCCACGCCCUCCACAGUGAGUCCCAGGGCUACAGCACAGUAGGAGAGGCAGCACCACCCCCUCGCUGCCUCUCCUUACCCUCCAACCUGUACCCGUCGGAGCCAGAUGAGGACCAGACGAUAUCCCCCUACGCCAGCUACACAUCUCUCUCUGAGCAGACUGAACCCAUCAUCUGUGGCUGGCUGGAUAAGCUAUCACCACAAGGGAACUAUGUAUUCCAGAAACGCUAUGUGAAGUUUGAUGGCAAAAAUCUGCUGUACUUCGGCAGUGAAAAGGACCCGUACCCCAAAGGAGUGAUCCCUCUGGCUGCGAUACAGAUGGCCCGCAUGGCCAAAGACAAUAAAUUUGAGAUAGUGACAAGUCACAGGACAUUUGUCUUCCGGGCUGAUAACGAAGUGCAGAGACAUCAGUGGUGCAGUACCCUACAGGGGAGGGUGAAGGAACAGCUUGUGUUCGGGCGCCCUCGCUUCGGUCCUGGCAGCCACUGUCAGAGGAGUGGUCCUCUGGAGCUCAAAGGAACCAAGUCAAAAGUCUACGUGGCCAUCAACACAGAGCAGGUCUGGCUGUACAAGACUGAGCAGUGUUUUAGGAAUGGGAUUGGAAUCACGCUGAUCGAGGCCAGAGGAGCUACGAUCAGAGACGGAAAAGGAAAAAGCUUUGACCUCAUCACACCUUACAAAACAUUCAGUUUCACAGCUGAGUCUGAGCGGGAUAAGAGGGACUGGAUGGAGGCUGUACAGGAGUCCAUAGCAGAGACCCUGUCUGACUACGAGGUGGCUGAGAAGAUCUGGUCCAACAGGUUUAAUAAGCUCUGUGCUGACUGCCAAGCAGUCAACCCUGACUGGGCCUCCAUUAACCUCUGUGUUGUCAUCUGUAAGAACUGUGCAGGUCAACACAGAGGUCUGGGGACUAUGGUGUCUAAAGUACAGAGUCUGAAACUGGACACCAGCGUGUGGAGCAACGAGAUCGUCCAGCUCUUCAUAAUGUUGGGGAACGACCGAGCCAAUGAGUUCUGGGCGGCCAGGUUAUCUCCAGCCGACGGGUUAGACCGUGACGCCACACCGGACCAGCGGAAGGAGUUUAUCAUCCAUAAGUACCGUGAGGGGCGCUACCGACACCCCCACCCCAACUUCAACACACAGGAGGAGCUGCUCAAGGUUCUGUGUACUGCUGUGACCCAGCAGAACCUGCUGAAGACAGUCACCCAGAUCUUCACCGAGGCAGAGGCGGUCCGAUCCCGCCUCGCUGCCUCUAAUGGAUAUGACAAGCAUCUGUCUCAGGAAUACUCCCGCUCACAGGACACCUCGGACCACUGUGUCUAUGAUGAGAUUAUGCAGGCCGUGCUGCACUCCGGCUACCUCUACAAGUCAGCCUCAAUGAACAAAGGGACAUUAUCCAGGAAAACCAGAGAAGAUUUCCAGAAGUACUGGUGCACGGUGGAGAGGUCUCUUCUGUUCUAUGAGUCUGACCGAUGUCCUGAUCCUAGCAUGAAGAUCAACGUCAAAGACAUCGUCUGUCUGGGGGUCAGCAGGCCGGACUCCUGCAACAACAACGGCUUCAUUGACAGGUUCCUCUAUACGUUUCAACUGUACUUGUCCUCAGAGAAGCUCUAUCAGUUUGGAUUGGAAACUCCUGAUGCGCUGCAAUGUUGGGUCAAGGCCAUCGGAAAGGCCGCCACACCUUUAAGCUGCCAUUGCCUGCUAGCGAGGGAGUUUGAGCGGGUGGGAGUGCUGCGUUACAAGGCCAUGCGAGACCCUUCUCAGUGGAAAGUGGGAUAUUUUGUCCUUCAGAAGUCUAACCUCUUCAUCUGCCCAGGGAACGACGGAGCAGCUGAGGACAUUAUCAACCUUAAACGUCUGCAAGAGCUCAGUAUAGUAACUGAGAACCAAAACCAUGAGAAGAAGGACAUUCUGGUUUUGGUUGAAAAAGGAAGAACGCUUCACCUCCAGGGGAUGGGUCGGUUAGACUUCUCCCUGUGGUACGCAGACAUCCAGAGAGCUGCUGGAGGGAAGGGCAACACCCUGAGAGAACAGCAGCUCAGCAGGAAUGAUAUCCCCAUCAUCGUAGACAGCUGCAUCGCCUUCAUCACACAGUAUGGUCUGGGUCACGAGGGGAUCUACAGGAAGAACGGAGCCGCGUCCAGGAUCAAACUACUGAUGGAGGAGUUCAGGAACGAUGCUCGGAACGUCAAGCUCCGGAUCGGGGAUAACUUCAUAGAGGAUGUGACUGACGUGCUGAAGAGGUUCUUCAGGGAGAUAGACGACCCCAUCUUCAUGGCUGACCUGCAUCAGCUAUGGAAAGAGGCUGUCAGAACAGCCAAGGAUAAGAACCAGCGUCUGGACAGAUACAAGGAGAUCAUCCGUAGUUUACCUAGAGUCAACCGGACUACCCUGGCUGCUCUCAUCAGCCACCUCUACAGGGUUCAGAAGUGUGCAGACCUGAACCAGAUGUGUACCAAGAACCUGUCACUGCUGUUCGCCCCCAGCCUCUUUCAGACAGACGGGAAAGGAGAACACGAGGUGAAGAUCGUUGAAGACCUCAUAGACAACUACCUGUAUGUCUUUGAUAUUGAUGAGGAGCAACAGACCCAGAUAGAACUGGAGCUCAGCCUCAUCACCACCUGGAAGGACACACAGCUGUCCCAAGCAGGUGAUCUGAUCAUUGAAGUGUACCUGGAGAAGAAGAUGGCAGACAGCUGCAUCACUCUCAAAGUAUCUCCAACCAUGGGUGCUGAGGAGUUGACUAACCAGGUCCUGUACAUGAGGAAUGUCCCAGCAGGGGAGAAGGACGUGUGGCUGACGUUCGAGGCCAUAUAUGAAGGACAACUGGAGCGCCCCCUACACCCCAAAGAGAAGGUGCUGGAGCAGGCUCUACAGUGGUGUAAAAUGGCUGAUCCUAGUUCAGCUUACCUGGUGGUGAAGAGAGUUCCCAGAGGAGAGGGCAUCAACAUCCUCACUGCCUACAAGAGUGAGAUCAUGAAAAUGGGAGUUCUGAAGUGUCGUGAAGAUCCUCCCAAACUCCUCCACGGAAAAGUCUUUCAGGAACACACCUUUCAGAUCAAAGACCACAAGCUGCUACUGCUGAGGGACAAAAAGAGCAUCAAGCCGGAAAAGGAAUGGCCUCUGAAGUCUAUGAAGAUCUACAUGGGAAUUCGAAAGAAGCUGAAACCCCCAACUAGAUGGGGCUUUACUCUCAUGAUGGAAAAACAGCAACUGUACCUUUGUUGCUUUUGUGAGUCCGACCUAUGGGACUGGGUCACCAAUUUCCUCAAAGCACAGAAUGAUGACCCCCGACCUCCGGUGUUGAGGCGUCACUCUUCCUCAGACAUCUCCAAACAGAAGUUUGGGACCAUGCCUCUAAUACCAAUCAGAGGGGACGGACACGAGAGCAACUCUACCAUGCUGUCGGCCAAUCAGACUCUGCGAAAGCUUCACGCCAGAAGGACACUCUCCAUGUUUUUUCCCAUGAAGGUGCAGCAGGACUCGUUCGCGGAGCGUCCAGAGAGUACAGAGCCAGAACCCCCAGAGCCUCUGUAUGAGGAAGUAGGAGACUUCGGCCUGCAGGUCCUCAAGUCCCUGGAGACCAGCUUCCUCUCCAAUAACACCUCAGAGACCCAGGUCCCUCUGGGCCCACGGAAGACCUGCUCCCUGGACCGCAUGAUCGGCCUCAACCUGGUGCACUCUCUGGGGCCGGGAGGGGAGGGUCUGCUGCCCCCUGCUGGUUCUCUGGAUACCCUGGUCCUGGGUGGAGGAGGGGACCUCCAGGAGUCUCCCCAGCCAGCGCCAAGGAGGAGGCAGCAGCACAGGCCCUGUACCCCCUCUCAGGAGCUGCUCCUCCAGGAACUGUCCUCCGUCUUCACCAAAAAAACAGAGAAGGAGGAGAAACUGCCAGGAGAGAAGAACGUAAUCUGAGGAGAGGAAGAGAUGUGUGCACAUGUAUUGUAGACUAUUAGACUGUAUUGUAGCCCAGACAGACAGAAUACUGUAAUAGCAUGGGCGUAUGGACACAACCCAUUUGUUUGGGUGGUGUGUCAAAAAUACAUGAUCAGAUAUGAAUAAGCAUUUACUUAUGUUUUAUCCUACAAACUACUUACUGUUCUGCUAUCACUGUAUGUAUGUACAGAUCCGUUUUAUAUUGAAAGAUGCCUUUUUGGAUUAUAACGACCUUGCUAAUUGCUUUAGCUAUGAACUACGUUUUCGUACUUGUUUUUUUGAAUUGUUUACUAAACGACAGAGGGAGAGGAGAAAUGGAUGCUUCUCUCAUCAGGCAUGUCUGGUGGUGAUGCAUUAGGCAUUAAACGAUUAUUUUUGCUAGUAUUAAACGACUGGACUUUAAAUAUAAAUGUGUUACAGUCUCUGUAUGUAAUAAUUUAUUUUUCAAUAAUAUUUUAUCAACUUUUUUUUGUAAAAGCUGUGAAAGUAAGAAAAGGAGAGCUUUGCUUCUAGAAGCUACACUAUCUAGCCAGUAGGUGGCAGUAUGCACUAUCUCCUAGACAGCCACAGAUAACCCCAUGUGUUGCUACACUAUCUGGCCAGAAGGUGGCAGUAUGCACUAUCUCCUAGACAGCCACAGAUAACCCAGUGUGUUGCUACACUAUCUCCUAGACAGCCACAGAUAACCCCAUGUGUUGCUACACUAUCUGGCCAGAAGGUGGCAGUAUAUGCACGAUCUCCUAGACAGCCACAGAUAACCCCGUGUGUUGCUACACUAUCUGGCCAGAAGGUGGCAGUAUACACUAUCUCCUAGACAGCCACAGAUAACCCCGUGUGUUGCUACACUAUCUGGCCAGAAGGUGGCAGUAUGCACUAUCUCCUAGACAGCCACAGAUAACCCCGUGUGUUGCUACACUAUCUGGCCAGAAGGUGGCAGUAUACACUCACUAUCCUUUAUAUAGUACAAAUGGAUCCUUUGUUUUAUUCACCGUUGCACAACCACUGUCUGAUGUGAAUAAAGCCAAAUAUAACGAUUGUUAGUGGCACUACAUCUGAAUAUUCUGAAUUCAUGUAUACACUUCCAAGUCUAAUGCUUUUUCAUCAGUCUAAAUAGACAAUAAUAUAUUCCAAUUGGACUGCCUUUGCCAAGUGUGUUAUAAUGCAUUUGCCUGCAUUGUCGUCCAUUAGUCAUUAUUCACAACUUACUGUAAAUAGUGUACAUUCUUCUGUAUGCUUAUACCACUUCAAUAUUCAUAAUGCAGUAUUUUACGUUGCUACAUGAAGGACUAUAUUAAAUGUGAUAUUUUUGUUUUA